AUGAUUUUAGUUAUCAUGGCAAAUUAUCAUGAUGUUAUUAAAAAAUUUAAAACUCUUAGAAGUGAAUCUCCUGGUGAAAAUGAUUUUUUAGAAAAUACUGUUCCAACAUUAGGUAGUGGUUCAAUUAAAGAUGCUAUAAAAUUACCUAUGGGUGAAGAUGUUAAUGAAUGGAUUGCUGUGAAUAUAAUGGAUUUUUUUAAUCAAGUUACAAUGUUAUAUGGUGUUAUAGCAGAAAAAUGUACAGAAGAGGUAUGUCCAAAGAUGUCUGCUGGUCAACAUUAUGAAUAUUAUUGGACAUCAGGUACAUCACCAAUGAGUCUUCCUGCAUAUAAAUAUAUAGAUUAUCUAUUAUCAUGGGUAGCUGAUACACUUGAUGAUGAAAAUAUAUUUCCAUCACAAAUUGGAAAAAAAUUUCCUGUUGAAUUUCAUACAAUUGCACAAACAAUUAUGAAAAGACUUUUUCGUAUUUAUGCUCAUGUUUAUAAUGAACACAUAGAUUACCUUGGACAAUUAAAUGCUGUAGAACAUUUUAAUACUAGUUUAAAACAUUUUAUAUUAUUUGUUAAAGAAUUUGAUCUCAUGAAUUCAGAACAAAUGGAACCAUUAUCUGAUAUAAUUGAUAAAAUAUUAAAUCAAACCGAAAUCAGUCAUAUAUCAACAAAAUAA